AUGGCGAUCGAGAACUCGCGAGAAAACAAAGGUAUUGUCGCUAUAGAACACGCUGGCUGCCUCAUGGUAUAUCUGUCGACAUACCAGCAGCAGCGCGCCGAUUCUGGACUCGAGUUCCGUCUUAAACCUGGCUGUCAGGGCGUAGAGUCCCUCAUCUGUGUCGUAAUUUCUUCGUUUGGGUUCGACCGCAUGGUAAGCAUCGGUGUUGUGAAGGAGGAUUGGUUCGGCGCGCUUGAACAAUUGUUCGUAAAUCAAGUUGCGGAUCUCGCCUGGUCGGUUAAGGAAUGA